ACUUUAAGAAGAGCCAGUGUUUGGUUGACAGUGAAUAAGAAAGGAUACACAAUGCGUUGAACAGCGAGUGUGGAUUUACAUUUCUUUAUCUCAAACCGGACAAUUUUAGGUUGAAACCUCUCUCGUUGCAUUAUGACGGGGAGUAAAAACGGCAAUGAGGCCGAAACUAAAUCGCCGCGUGAAAGCGGCGAAGAUUCGGAAGACGAGAGUGAAAUAUUAGAAGAGAGCCCCUGUGGAAGGUGGUCGAAGCGGCGACAAGAGGUGCAACAGCGAGAUGUCCCGGGCAUCGACGCGGCCUACUUGGCCAUGGAUACGGAUGAGGGCAUGGAGGUGGUGUGGAACGAGGUGCGGUUCAGUGAACGUCGCAACUUGAGAGAUCAAGAGGAAAAGAUCCGUUCGGUGUUCGACAGCCUUACUCAGCUGGAUCAUCCCAACAUCGUCAAGCUCCACAAGUACUGGAUUGACAGCAAAAACGAUAAACCUAGAGUGGUCUUCAUCACGGAGUACAUGUCGUCGGGAUCCCUGAAGAAGUUUCUGAAGCUAACCAAGAAGAACACAAAGAAGUUACCCCUUCAGUCAUGGAAACGUUGGUGCACACAAAUUCUCAAUGCCCUAAGUUACUUGCAUUCGUGUACUCCUCCCAUCAUCCAUGGAAACCUAACUACGGACACCAUAUUUAUUCAGCACAACGGCCUCGUCAAGAUUGGCUCAGUGGCUCCCGACCAGAUACACUCUCAUGUGAAAACAUUUCGGGAUGAUAUGAAGAAUAUGCACUUCAUUGCUCCUGAAUAUGGAAACCCCUCUCCUGUCACUCAAGCAGUGGAUAUAUACUCAUUUGGAAUGGCAGCGUUAGAGAUGGCUGCUCUGGAAAUACCUGGCAACGGUGACUCUGGCAAUGUCGUCACGCAAGAACAGGUGCAAAAAACUAUACAUUCCCUGGAGCAUAAUCUCCAGCGUGAUUUCAUAACCAAGUGCCUCAACCCAGACCAAAGUAAGCGUCCAACCACCAAUGAGUUACUCUUCCACCCUGUCUUGUUUGAGGUCCAUUCUUUAAAGCUUUUAGCUGCUCACACACUCGUACACAACCCUAAGAAAUCUAGUAAAAAUAUAGAUAAUUGUGUAGAGGAAAUGCUACAACACCAGUAUAAUGAUGACACCAUAGUAGCAGAGAUUCGACACAACGACAAAGAGCCCACCCUGUUCAGAAUGAGUGACCUGCCUUUGGUUGAGAAGUUGGAGAAAUUCAUUGAAGAUGUCAGGUAUGGGAUUUAUCCCCUGACAGCAUUUAGCUUAAAUCAGCAGCCUCCAUCCCGUCCGCGUGCCAUAUCACCUGAGGCUGUGGCUCCUGUUGCGGCUGAGAGUCCCGAGGCAACUGAUGUUGAAACUCGCAAGGUCAUCAAUAUGAUGUGUAAUAUUAAACCAAAUGAAAAUGGACAUGGCUUGUUUAUGACGAUAUCUCUUCGAUUAGAGGAUAAAAUGAAUCGUCAGUUGUCUUGUGUUGUGGAAGAUGGUGAAGGUGCUGCUUCUCUCACAGAUGAACUUGUUAGAUACGGGUUCAUUAGCCAGAUGGACAAAGAUGAAAUAACGAGUUUAAUAGAAGACCAUUUAACGCGUGUCCGUAAUGGACUUAACGUAACCGGAUUAAAUGGAGGUAUUGGGGCAACUACGCAGGGUCCAGAUGCUAUUGCCAAAAUGCAUCCCCCACCCAUCACUACAGCCAGCAGAUAACACCGUGAAUAAUCUACAUCUGCUGCCAGACUCAGCCCACUGCACUUCAUGAAGGGCUCAUUUUAGUGCAUUUACUUUAGGAGACUGUGUAGGACACAUUUCUGGGUGUUGUUCUAAUUUAAACAGCACUCACUAAUUGUUGAUGUACGGCAAGGUCUAGAAGAAGCAUUUUGGAGGUACUUAGGUGCAUUUCAGUCAGCAUAUACUGGCAAGAUAUUUUUUAUUUGUUUUGUCACAAUUUUAUUUUUUGGUUAAUUGCUAGUGGCCUCCAUAAUUAUUGUGAUAUGACCUUUUCAAGCCCUUCAUAAGGUGUUAUGAUGAUUAAGGUGCUUCCCUGCGCCCUUUUCCUUCUCUAAGCUUAAACCAAAUAGAAAAGAAAUUGGUGAUGAGAGUAUAUUUGUGUAAAUGUAUAUACUGCUUUUGGGAGGGGUUUGACUUUGGAAAAAUGAAGGUGGUGAUGAUUAUGAAGAGUGAAUGGAUCUUUUGAUAUCUUUUUGUCAUGAGUAGUAUGUUGCUGAUGGUGAUGAUAAAUAAUGUUCAUAGUAAUAAUCUCCCGUUGCAGUGAGUUUAUUGAUUUGAAUGGUGAGCGUGAGUCGUUGCUGUCAUUGUGUUUCUCCUGGGAGACUUGGCGGCACAAUUGUAUCGAGUAACCUCAUGUAUUUUUUUGUAUAUGGUGGAUAGUGAAUAUUUUUAUUGAAGGACAUAUCGCAAUUCAGAAUAAUAAUCAGACUUUACAGUAAGGAAUGAAGUGCUUGGCCAUCACAUUAUAUAUGUAAGAUGUUUCCUUGGCUGGUAUUUCUCAGGUGCUGAAAACAGAUGAUGGAUCUGGUGUUGAUACUUUUACAUGACUGUACAGAUAUUAGAGUCCCAUGCAUGGAUGUUCUUUUGAGUAAAAUGGUGAUCGCCCUAUCCUUUUAUCCUCUUUAUAAUCAUUACCAUUAGUUUAUUCAUUCAUCAUUUGUGUUUUGUCUACUUACAAAUUUUACCGUUUUAAUUUUUUGCUGACAAUUUUUAUAUAUUUGUACUUUAUUUUAAAAAUUAUAUUUGUAGCCUUUGGUUCUGCUCUGGGAAAUUUGUCAUAGGCCCACUACAGAGGUGAUGAUCCGUCAACAGUAUUUUUUCUUAAAAUGGCUGCUACUUUGGCCUUGUAGAUUACCUUUGAAAAUUAUGGUACAUCCAAAAUGAAACCAGGGUGUCAGGUUUUUUUUAACUUGUUGUGACCUUCAGUUUCUGCAGACUGCUGUGCCCAGUAAAAGGUUACAAAAUACCAUGAACAUUGAUAUGUGGAUCCAAUAUAAUUAUUAAUCAUUAAAUGUUAUGGGAUUCUUUUUGUUAUGUAUGAAAGAAAACAUUUUCUUUUUCUCAUCAAAAUUAAAGGCAGUGGCAUAUAGCAAGAAGUUUUUUUUUUUUAGUCAUUGCAGUUCAGUUUUCUUAAUUUCUAAAAGAUUUUUUAAUUUCUUCUGCUAAAUCUUCCUUUAUGGCCAAUUUCUCUUUACUGCCUUUCUGUUUCUCUACAUAGUUUUGUCAUGCAGCAAAUGGGCUCGGUUAUAUAAUUACAAAGAAUAGUUCACAGAUGUAUUUUCACAGGCUUGGUUAUUGACUCUUUUAAUGGAAAGAGCAUUCUGUGUGAACUUCAAAAGUUCUCAGUUCCUACUAUGGCAUUAUUUUUAAUUAAGCAAUCCACACAAUUGCAAGUCUCCUUUAAAUGCAUAGGGAUUUUAAUAGCUUAUCCUUGAAUGUGGCAUAUCUUUGUAGUGUAGUGUGGAUUUGGAUCAGAUGUUCAAGUUUGUUUUGUUCUAAAUGAAAUAUUUUGAAACUUUUUAUUCAGUGGCAUAAGAUUAAUUGUUGAUCAGUGUCAACAGGUUUGAUUAGAUUGUGUUAUAGUAUGUCCACAUAAUGGUCAUUGUACUUGUGUAUUAUCUAAGGUAUGGUCAUAUGUUAUUAUCAUGGUAUAAAGACAAUUAGGAUUUUCAAAUGCAGCUAAUUCUUACCAUCUUCAUGGCCAGUUUUUCAAAGUUUGAGUGGUGCUGAAGUAAUUUCAGUUAAAACUGGUAGCCAGUAUUUGAUGUGGCAGUUACUCAUCAGUGAUUUGAUUGAACUCACCCUUUUGGUUGCCGUUGUUUUGAAGAUGUUCACUUGAAUCUGAAGGAAGUUCAGAAUAUUUCUAAGAGUACGUAUGUUGCCAAUUCCAAGACAGUGAUAUUUUGAGACAUUCUCAUCUGAUAGGUGCUAUUUUUUUCCUUAAAUAAUGGAAGAUGAUUUAAAUAAUAGUUCAUUACUCAUCUUGUGUUUCUGAAAAAUUUCCUGUAUGUAUUGAACAUUUGUUUGAACUUGUUCAUGAAAAUGUUUUCAGGAAAAAAUUGCUUUUGGGGCUGUUUGCUUUCAGCCAUGCCUGUAUUUCCAUACAUCUCUUAUGAUAGUCCAGUAUUUUGAAAUUCACUUUACACAGGGAAUUAUGGACUAAAUUAGGGUCAUAGUUGUUUCAGAAUCAAGUGUGCCCUGGGUUUGGUAUCUGCUUGAAAUUAGUAUCAGUAUUUUCAGUGUUAAUUUAGUCGUUAUACUUUUUGCAGGUAUCAUAAGUUACAUGCACCUUGUAAAAAAAGAAAAAAAUAUUGUACAUAGUCUCACAUUUUAUAGCAGUCUGUCUCCUUUUAAACUGAAAUGAAUGGGGAUUUGUAUUACAUGACCAGCUAUUCAAGUUUAUAUUAAUACAACAUGUUACUUCAUACUUUUCAUUUGUAUAAUGUUUGUUUGUUUGUAGAGAAAGGUGCAUCUUUAUGUUAUGUUUAUUAGGGGCCAGAUUUUAUUUUAUUUAAUGGUUGGCUAUGGUGUUCAUAUACACCUGGGAUACCAGUGAGUUUUAGUUUUAAAAAAUCAUUUGUUCAGAGCUCUAUCAGUAGAUGAUUUAUAUAAUAGAUCAACAAAAUUUAUUCUUUCUACCUUUAUCCAACUCUGGUAUAGUAAGUUGAGAUGUUUUUCAAUGAAGAGUGCUUUACCAUACAACCAAUGUCCAAUUAACAUAAUCCAGGUCCUUUGACUGUUGUCUUCUGUUGACAAUAUUUAAGUAUUAUUUUUUUACAUAAUACUUAAAAAUUAGUAUAUGUAAUUCUCUCUCCCUUCUGUAAUGAGUAACUGUUAAAUAUAGUUUAUUUCAGAAUUAAAACACUCAGGUUUGGAGUAUUAUCACCUGCAACUAAUUGCUAUGCGUCAAGAUGAUUUUAACCCCAAAGAGGUAAUAUUCAACCUUUUGAUACAAAAAAGUUUUAUGGGGUGUAAUUUAUUGCUGUAUACAAUAAAGUAUGUCCUAUAAAUUUGAUUGGAAUAAUAAUUUCUUUAUCUUAUCUGACAUGCUUUCCAUAAACAAUUGAGGUAAGGGUGCCCAAGUUAUUUUUACAUUUCAAAUAUUCUGGUUUUACAUUUUUUUUUUAUUUGCCAAGUUUUGUAGUAAAAAUUAAAAUUCACGAAUAUGUAAAUAAUUUGUAUUACUUUUGGCUUCCUUAUGUUUUUUGGUAUUAGCUUAUGUAUACGUAAUGCAAAGCCAAGCUCUGCAUUUUUAUUAUCAAAUGUUUCUUUUUAAAAUUUUCUUAUGCAAAAUUUUUUAAAAAUGUACUAGUCUGAAAAAUUCAUGCAGCAACUUGAUAAAGGUGAAAAGGAUUGCUUGAAAAAUCUGAGAGUUAAGCAAACUUUCGUCAUUCUUAAUAUCAUUUAUUUAAGACCAAGUAACAUGCACUUUUUUGUAAUUUUUAUAUUGGUGAAACAAAAACGAAAACAAUUUUGUAGGAAAAGUUGGGGUAAUUUCUAGUAAGUCCAUGUUAAGUCCAAAUUACCACUGCUUUAUUGAAUACGACUGGUCUUUCAUUUUUCAUAGAAUUUCCUUCAUUAUGCUAGGCAGGGAUUCCAUGCACCAAGGAAAUAUCACCCUUGUGAAACAUAUUUGAAGAGCCUUUAUGGAGGGCUUUGUUAUGGGAGAAUGUUAUUAACAGCCAGAUUCCAUCUUCUUAUGUGUCACUAUAUCUGCUCGUGGACAUUUUAAAUGUAAUGGAAUCCAGAAGUCCUGUAGACACUACUGGGUGUUCAUUAUUAUCUCUAUCUUUAAUGCAUUAUAGGUUAUCAGUCAAUAGUAUUUUUUUAACCAAGAAAUACGCUUCUACUCCUGUUACUCCAUAGUACUUGUGGGUAAGUUUUAGAGCAAAGGGCAUAAACUUAGUUUGUACUUUUGUGGUAUUGACAAUUUUAUUAUAAGCAGUCACACCACUUGGAGCCUUCAGUCAUUAAGUCAUCUGUCUAGUCUAGUGUGGCUUGAUCCCUUGACUUCCCAUCCCCCACCCCCCUUUAAGAGGUCAAUGUCUUACCAGCAUUCUUAGUUUGUCAUUUAAGAAGAAAGGGUAAUGUUACAAGAAAAAAUUUGCUGAUGUACAUUGCAUCACAGUUCUAAAUAGAAAAAGGCUUAAAUUCUUGUGCAAGUGCAACACCAGUAAGCAAACCAGAGGGGUAGCCUGACGUAAAAAUUUCAGAUAUUUAAUCAUUUAUAAUUGGAGUAAUAGUUACAAAAGUAGGCAGCACUUGUGAUUUUAUUUUUUUCCAUUUACAGGUAUUUAAGAUAUUUGUUAUGGAAAAUGUGUAUGAAAAUAUAGGUACUACUGUGUUAGGGAGGAUUUUUAAAUGGAAAAUGAAAGGUACAUUGAAGGUUUGUUCCUUCCUGUGGUUUGUUUACAUGAUGUUCAGAUGUACAAAGAUGAUAAAAGUUUUUAAAUGAGAAACUGUGAUGUACUGUAUUGGUGAUGUAAAGUGGUAGUUGGUCACGAGGCACAAAGUUGUUUUCAUCCAAAUGAGAGGGUGAUUUAUAAUUUGUAAGGCUUUGCUUUAUAUAAGGGUCCAAAAUAAUAGUUUUCUCCUUGUAUUCAAUUAUUUAUUUUAAUGUUUAUGAUGCUUGACUGUUUGUAUUGUGAGAUUUUUUUGUUUGUUGCUCACUUCUCUCCUUAAAUAUUGAAAUUAUUCAUAAGGGUUAAGUCACAAGAGUAGUAAAAGUUCAUUUUACAGAAAUUAGCUUGAGUGUCUUAAGCUUUAUGGAUAAACAAGUUUGGGUUUUUAUGAAAUACAUUCAGGAAUGUAUUUUAAUGAGUUGACUGACUAAUUGUUCCAAACUUUUAUCUUAAAUUAAGUAGCAAUGUAUUUGAAAUUUAAGCAUCAUUUACAUUUUAUCAGGAGUGACUUACAAAGAAAUUGUAUGGAUUUUUAUUAUGAAAUAUUUUUAGUUCACUUAUGAGAAAAAAUGGUUUUACUCUGGAACUGGGCCUCAGGAAGCUAUGUAAGCACAUCCUGUAAACAUAAAUCUUUCCUGUUUGUAGUGGGGGUGAAACUCAAGGGGGUUCUUGGAAAUGCCCUUCUCUACCAUUUAUGCUUGCCAGCUGGUCCUUCUGCUGUGGACCAUGUCAGUUUAUAAUGGUUUCUUUCUUUUAGAUGAAAUUUAAUAUUUUAUUAUUUACAGGAUAUAGCAAAAGUUACUCAUUGAAAAACUUUUUUCCAGUAUUUUUAAUUUUACAUCAGUCCAGUUUAGUGGAAAAAUGUAUAAAUUUCUUGAAAAAGUAGUAAAGGAUAUUGUAAUGCGCAAAAAGAGUCAUGUAUUUUCAGUACUAAAGUUUUUCUUCACAGUUAGGAUAUAUUGGUAAAUACAAAUGUCAGAAUGCUCAAAUUUAAUAUAGACUUCUAUUGAUACUUAUUAUUGACAAACUAGUGUUUACUUACAAAAAUAGUAGGCACAGUAUAUUUGGUUCAUGGACUGGUAGUUUUUUAAUAGUUGCACAUCUUUAAUAUAAAAUGCAUUUUAUAUUGUCUAAUAUUCUGUUGUGAUGCUGUUUAAAACUGCAAUUCAGCAUUUUUUAAGAGUAAAAUUCUCUUUAUGUGAUGUGAUGUAACUAUUUUUUCAGUUAAUGUAAAUGUUCCAAGCCUGCAUUGAUGAAAAAUAAUUGAUUAAUACUUUGUGAAAUAUUUCCAUCAUCUCAUUUGACUUUUGUACUUCCCUUGCAAAACAGGAGAAGUUUGUAUCACCAAAAGAAAGAAAAAAAUGGAUUAAAGCAGUUCUUGGCACAUAUAGCAUAAUUAAUGGCUAUCUUUUGCUUUAUCCCUGUACUGUAUAUCAUAGUCUGGCCAAUCAGUUUAAGGGAUUAUCUUUUUAGGUUUGUAAAUAAAUUUAAGUUGCAACCAGUAUGGUGCAUAUAUAUUAUUAUGAACUAGGCAUUUGCCUUAAUUUUUGCUCAAUGUUCUAUAUAUUUCCCAAUCAUGGUAAGAUGGUGUUACCCAAUGAGGGUUAGUGUAGGAGGAAGGCUUGUUCCAUGUUCACGCAGCAGUAGCAACAGCAGCAACAGGUGCUGUUUGCUAUUUGCCAACCAUGACCACACCUGGGCUGUUCCCUUAGCUUUUCUGUGAAAAGCUUUAUAUAGUUUACAUUGCAGUCUUUAAUAAUAUUUAUGUUAUUCAGAGUAUCAGACAGGCCUGUUUUUGAUAUCUCAUGAGACUUGUCUUUGGAUCACGGUUUAGAAUAUUACUUUCAUUUAUUCUUAACCCAAAGUGUGAAGAUUUGUGUAUACAGUAUUUAUGCAACAUCAGAUUAUAAUUUUCAAAAUACUAAGAUUCCUUUUGAAAAACAUGAUCUAAUCAACAACUAAGUCGUGACCCAACAUCUUCAGUCUAGAUAGCCUACAUCUGCUGGCGUCUCAGCAAGCCUGUUAUCAUCCUGUUCUAUAAGACAUCAGGAGAUUCUAAGGUGUUACAGCACACCUGAGGUACUUCAGUGACAUAUCCAUAGCAGGUGUGAUCACUGCAAUGAAAGCCUCUUGAAACAGGCAAAAGUGAAGACUAACAUUAAAGCCUGGAACUGUCUUGAUCACAUUAUGUUCCCUGCGUGUAAACACUGCUCUCAAAAUUAAAUUAGUAAUAAGAAGAA